AUGGGUUUUACCAAGGAGACCGCCUCCAUUGGCAUCAUUGGAAUGGGAGAUAUGGGCAAGAUGUAUGCCCAGCGGUUGAGCGAUGCUGGCUGGAGGAUUAAUGCUUGUGACAAACCCGAUAGCUAUAAUCAAUUGAAGAAAGAAUUCGAGACCCAAAAAGGUAUAACAAUAUACCCGAAUGGACACCUUGUUUCCAGGAUUAGCGAUUUCAUCAUAUACAGCGUAGAGGCCGGAGUCAUCGACCGGGUAGUCGCAGAGUAUGGGCCAUCUACCAAAGUUGGCGCAAUUGUCGGCGGCCAAACCUCCUGCAAAGCCCCCGAGCUGGCUGCCUUUGAUAAACAUCUCCCCCUGGAUGUAGAUAUUGUAUCCUGCCAUUCCCUCCAUGGUCCUCAGGUGAAUCCCAAAGGCCAACCGUUGGUCUUGAUCCAACAUCGUGCAAAGGACGAAAGCCUCCAGUUCGUUGCGCAGGUCCUCUCGUGUUUUAAUUCCAAGUAUGUCUACCUCAGCGGUGAGAUGCAUGAUCGUAUCACAGCAGACACGCAGGCCGUUACACAUGCGGCGUUCCUGAGCAUGGGCACUGCAUGGCAUGCGAAUAGGCAAUUCCCGUGGGAAAUCUCUCGCUGGGUAGGAGGAAUUGAGAAUGUCAAGAUUAACAUUACCUUGCGCAUCUACUCUAACAAAUGGCACGUCUAUGCGGGCCUUGCGAUCCUCAACCCAGCCGCCAAGGAACAGAUUCGACAGUACGCCGAGUCCGUGACGGAGCUUUACAAACUCAUGAUCGAGGGACGAAGGGAGGAACUGAAGAAGCGGGUGAGGGCUGCAGGGGCCGCGGUCUUCCGAGAAGACACCAAGAAACAGGACCUGUUGCUUAGGGAUGAGGUGCUAGACCGGUUCUCACUGUCCAAGGGACCUCGCGAAGCAUCCCCUCCCAACAAUCACCUGAGUCUGUUGGCCAUUGUUGACUGUUGGUCGAAACUUGGCAUCGUGCCCUAUGACCAUAUGAUUUGCUCUACUCCACUCUUCCGAUUGUGGCUUGGAGUCACAGAGUACCUAUUCCGAAACCCAGACCUCUUGGACGAAGCGCUAGAUACGGCGAUUGACGAUAACACAUUUCGCUCAGACGAUCUAGAAUUUACUUUUGCCGCUAGGGCAUGGUCCGACUGCGUUUCGUUCGGAGAUUUUGAAUCGUACAGAGAUCGCUUUGAACGGAUCCAACAGUACUUUGCACCUCGAUUCUCCGAUGCCGCUGACCUUGGAAACGAGAUGAUGAAGACGAUUCUGGAAAAGACCAGCAACGAGAACGCGUGA